AUGCUGGUGCUGCUACCUUGCUACCUCCAGACCUCAGCACUUCCCUCUGUAGAGGCCAUGGAAGGCCCCCUCUCUCGAACAGGUGGGUCUCCAGAACCUGGGCCUUCUUUCUCCACAGGAUCUCCCCAGACUUCGUCCCCUCCAAGGCUCAACCGUUAUCUUCUCAUUGACACCCAGUGUGUCCCCUACACAGUGCUGGUGGAUGAGGAGUCACAGGGGGAGGCUGGGGUCAAUGGGACUUCGGUUCAGAAAAAGUGCUGCAGCUGUCCAGUGUGCUUUAGGGACUCUGAGUACAUUACCUUUACCCACUUGGAGGUGAAGCCCUUCAAAUGCGACACCUGUGGGAAGGCAUUCAAGCGGGCCAGCCCUCUUGAGCACCACUCCAUUCAUGGGGCGGGUGGUGUUUAGCCCUAUGGCUGCUUGCUCUGCCCUCGCUGCUUCCAGGACGAGGGUGAGUUGACCCAGCACAUCAGUGGACACUCAGGGAACCACCCGUUCCAGUGUCCGCAUUGCCGGUGUCGCUUUACAGAGCAGAAUGCAUUACAGAAGCACACGCUGUGGAAGCAUCCACAAACCAUCCAUGAACCGCUCCUGGGAUCCCAGGGAUCGAGGGGCUCCUGA